AUGAUUUCGCAGGUUCUCCUGAUCAUUUUGACCGUAUUUUUGCCCCCUGUAGGCGUGUUCAUGAUCGCGGGCUGCGGCGCAGACCUCCUUAUUAACAUCGCGCUUACACUGUUGGGCUUCUUCCCUGGCCAUAUCCACGCCUUCUACCUCGAGUACGUCUACUACAACAGACAGGAGCAGGGCAACGCGGGCGUCUUCGACAACAGCCACGCUCCAGGCGUCUACAGCGACAACGUGCAGACCGGAGGUCGCGGCUAUGGCACCAUGCCCGCUCCCGUAGCUGGCGCUCGUGUGAACUAG